AUGCCUCUCUGCGGUGGAACAAAAACCGUCCAGCGCAAGCUGGUCCUGCUAGGCGAUGGUGCUUGCGGAAAGACUUCGCUACUGAAUGUCUUUACAAGAGGUUAUUUUCCUACAGUCUACGAACCCACCGUCUUUGAGAACUAUGUCCACGAUAUCUUCAUCGACAAUGUACACGUAGAGCUCUCCCUCUGGGACACCGCUGGCCAAGAGGAAUUCGACCGCUUGCGCUCUUUGUCCUAUGACGAUACUCACGCUAUCAUGCUCUGCUUCAGCGUCGACUCGCCAGACUCGCUUGAAAACGUCGAGUCCAAAUGGGUUGCCGAGAUCGCCGAGAACUGUCCUGGUGUCAAGCUCGUCCUGGUAGCCUUGAAGUGCGACUUGCGAGAACAAGCAAACGACGAUGAAGAAUCAGCCGAGCCCAAACGCCCCAUGAUCGACUACAAGCGCGGUCUUGCUGUAGCCGAGAAGAUAAAGGCGCUCAGAUACCUUGAAUGUUCAGCCAUGAAGAAUCGUGGCGUUAACGAAGCCUUUACCGAGGCCGCUCGCGUUGCGCUUCAGGUCAAGAACGUCAAGGGUGACAAGCAGAGCAGCUGCUCGGUCAUGUAA